AUGCACGAGGACAACCAGCCACCGAUGCACGAGGACAACCAGCCACCGAUGCACGAGGACAACCGGCCACCGAUGCACGAGGACAACCCGCCACCACACGAGGACACCAAGCAGCCAGCACGAGGAUACCAAGCCACCAGCACAAGGACACCAAGCCACCAGCACAAGGACACCAAGCCACCAGCACAAGGACACCAAGCCACCAGCACCAGGACACCAAGCCACCAGCACGAGACACCUAACCACCAGCACCAGGACCCCAAGCCACCAGCACCAGGACAACUAACCAAUAGCACCAGGACACCAAGCCACCAGCACAAGGACACCAAGCCACCAGCACAAGGACACAAAGCCACCAGCACCAGGACACCAAGCCACCAGCACGAGGACACCAAGCCACCAGCACCAGGACACCUAACCACCAGCACAAGGACACCUUACCACCAGCACAAGGACACCUAA